AUGAAAUUUUAUGGAUAUUUAAGUUUGGCUUUACUGAUUCUAUGUUUGAUUAUCGGAAAUAUUCAAGGAUCUGCUUCAGAAACCGACUUUGUUCCAGCAGAAGGAUCGCGAUCUGGAAAAAUCAGAGGUAAACGACAAGAUGAGGAUUAUCGUUUUAAUGAUUAUGAAGAUUAUUAUGUAGAUGAACGUGUAAAUAAUCGUGAAGAUGAAUAUGAAGAUGAAUAUGAUGAUGAAUAUGAAGAUGAAUAUGAUGAUGAAUAUGAAGAUGAAUAUGAUGAUGAUGAUGAACAUGAAGAUGAAUAUGAUCUUGAUGAUGAUCCUGAAGAUGAAUAUGAAGAUCUUGAAGAUGAAUAUGAAGAUCCUGAAGAUGAAUAUGAAGAUGAAUACAAAGAUGAUCCUGAAGAUUAUAAUGAUUAUGAAAAUAUGUGA